CAACCAACACCACUAUAUCCCUAAACCCUCUCUAUCUUACCCAAAAACUCUGCAACUAAAAACCAACAAUGGCGAUCAUCUCUCUUCUACCCAUCCUUCUCCUCUCUCUCCUUUCUCUCCACCUCUUCCUCCGUCGCAAAUCCAACAAAACCGCCCCUCACGGCUACAAGCUCUACCCCCUCGUCGGAACCCUCCCGGAUUUCAUCCUCAACCGCCACCGCUUCUACGACUGGAACGCCGAAACCCUAGCCCGCUGCCCCACCAACACCUCCGUCUUCCGCCGCCCUGGCAAGGUCCACGGCGUCAUCACCGCCAACCCCCAAAUCGUCGAGCACAUGCUCAGAACCAACUUCGACAACUAUCCAAAAGGCCCCCGCUUCAUCUCCCUCCUCCAGGACUUCCUCGGCGCCGGCAUCUUCAACGCCGACGACCACCUCUGGAUAAUGCAGCGCAAGACCGCCAGCUACGAAUUCAACACCAAAUCCCUCCGCAACUUCGCCAUGGACAACGUCGCCGCCGAGCUCCACAAUCGCCUCAUUCCAAUCCUCAAAUCCGCCGCCGAAACUAACGCGACGAUAGAUUUGCAAGACGUUCUCGAGCGAUUCGCCUUCGAUAACGUCUGCAAGCUCGCCUUCAACACCGAUCCCGCCUGCCUCGGCGGAGACGCCACCGCCGGCGCCGAAUUCAUGCGCGCGUUCGAGACCGCCGCGAAUCUCAGCUCCGGCAGAUUCCUCUACGCCGUGCCGCGAUCCUACCUAAUCAAAAAAUUCCUCAAUCUCGGAUCGGAGAAGAAGCUGCGAGAAGCAAUCGCAACAGUGCACGAAUUCGCCGAUCAAAUAAUCGAAGCGAGGAUUAAAAAGAGAAACGAGGAGAAAAUCGAAGACGAAGACCUGCUAUCGAGAUUCAUAGACAAGAGCGACAACAUCUCCGGCGAGUUUCUGCGAGACGUCGUGAUAAGCUUCAUCCUCGCCGGCCGCGACACGACUUCAGCGGCUCUGUCAUGGCUCUUCUGGCUGCUGUCGUCGCGGCCAGACGUGGAGGCGAAGAUUCUGAACGAAUUGGAGAGCAUCCGCCGCGAGAGCGGGAAAUCGAUCGGAGACGUGUACAGCUACGAGGAGCUGCGGCGGAUGCAUUAUCUGCAGGCGGCGAUAUCGGAGUCGAUGAGGCUGUACCCGCCGGUGCCGAUCGACACGAGGAACUGCAAAAACGAGGACGUAUUGCCGGACGGGACGUUGAUCGGGAAGGAUUGGUUCAUGUCGUAUUCGGCUUAUGCGAUGGGGAGAAUGGAGAGCAUUUGGGGGAAGGAUUGUUUGGAGUAUCGGCCGGAGCGGUGGAUGGAAAACGGAGUUUGCAAGCAGGAAAGCCCGUUUAAGUACCCGGUGUUUCACGGGGGCCCGAGAAUAUGCCUCGGCAGAGAAUUGGCCUACAUUCAGAUGAAAUCCAUUGCUGCUUCUGUUUUGGAGAGGUUUCAAAUAAGAGUGUUGUUGGAGAAGGGGACUUGUUCCCCUCAGUAUUUGCUCUCUUUGACGCUCAAGAUGAAUGGCGGAUUGCAAGCCAAGAUUAACCACAGACUUCCUUAAUUAUCAGCAAUUCUUAUGCAUUGUUUAGUUUGAAAUACAAAAUAAUUAGCCAUACUACUUGUAUUUCUGUAUAUAUAUAAUCAUAAAUUGAUUCGAAUAUAACAAUAUUGGGUCGA